UCCCUCUCCCGGUCACUCUCCGGCGCUCUCCACCUCUCCCUCGCUCUCUCUCUCACUGCGCCUGGGACCAAACUUGUUUCAGGAAAACCAAGCAAACAUAUUUUCUUUCGUUUAAAGAAACAGGCUCGCCAAAGAGAAGGCGUCGACUUCCUUGAAUCGUUUCCUUCCUUCACUUUCGAGAGGGAAGAUUCUGGGUAUCAUAAAUAAAACUUCACUUAUAGCCAGCAUUUCGGUAGAUUUCGCUGCGCGACAACUUUCAAAAACAUGGAUUGGGGAACCGAUCUUUGGGACCAGUAUGAUGUCAUCGACAAACACACCCAGUCGGGCCUUGACCUUGUGGAGCGCUAUAUCAAGUUUGUGAAGGAGCGCACUGAGAUAGAACAGAGCUACGCCAAGCAGCUCAGGAAUUUGACUAAGAAGUACACCAAACGAGGAAGCAAGGAGGAGCCGGAGAGCAAGUUCUCCAAUCACGCUGCAUUCCAGGACAUCCUGAAUGAGAUGAACGACUAUGCCGGCCAACGGGAGGUCAUCGCUGAGAACAUGAUGACUGGCAUCUGUGUGGAACUCACAAAGUACCUGCAAGACCUCAAAGGCGAGCGCAAGACGCAUCUCGCAGACGCCAAGAAAGCACAACAGAGCUUGGAGGCCAGCCUCAAACAGCUGGAAAGUACUAAAAAGCGAUUUGCUAAGGAGUGGGGCGAGGCCGAGAAAGCAACACAGCAUGCGGAGAAAACAGAGGCUGACGUGAAUGCCACCAAGCUGGACGUGGAGAAGGCUAAGCAGCACUCCAGCUCCCGCACUCACACAGCUGAGGAGUGCAGGAAUGACUAUGCAGCCCAACUACAGAAAUACAACAAGGAGCAGAGCCACUUUUACUACACAGAGAUACCUCAAAUCUUUAACACCAUGCAGAAAUUGGAGGAGACGAGGAUCAGACGACUGGCAGAGGGUUACUGCCAGUUCUCGGAGAUGGAGAAGAGGGUUAUGCCCAUCAUUUCUAAGUGUCUAGAAGGCAUCUCCUCAGCAGGGGGUAAAACUAACGAGAAACAGGAUUCAUUGCUUUUCAUUGAGCAACACAAGUCCGGUUUCGAAAGACCCGCCGAUGUGGAGUUUGAAGACUACACCCAGGGAAUCAAACCGGCAACCUCUGACUUAAGCCUCUAUCCACAGCGAGUUAGGCCAAAGCUCUGGCCUUUUAGCAAGAAAACAAAGAUUUCACAUGCUGAAAAGCACAUGCCUCCCGCAGCAGAAGACUUCUCCCACCUUCCCCCUGAGCAGAGGAAGAAGAAGCUGCAGGCGAAGAUUGAUGACAUCACCAAGGAGCUGACCAAGGCACAGGACCAGAGUGAGGCGCUGGAGAAGAUGAAGGGUGUGUACGAGCAGACCCCCCAGAUGGGAGACCCGUCCAGCCUGGAGCCCCAGAUCCAGGAAACAGCCCACAACAUCGGGCGCCUGCGGGGGGAACUCGCCAAAUAUGAGACAUGGCUGGCAGAAGCCAUUGGAGGAGAGGAGUCCGCCAAUGCUUUUAACAACAACCUCCAGUCAGGCAUGCGGCAGUCGACCCGCGAGAACGAGUAUGAGUUUGACGAGUUUGAAGAUGUGGAGACUCCCAUUGGCCAGUGCACUGCUCUGUACACGUUUUACGGCAACAGCGAGGGCACAGUCUCGAUCACAGAGGGGGAGCAGUUGAGUGUGAUGGAGGACGAUAAAGGGGACGGCUGGAUGAGGGUCCUGAGAGCCAGUGGAGAGGAGGGCUACAUCCCUUCAUCCUAUGUCAACGUCAAUCAAUAGUACACACAUACACCCACUAUCUCCAUCUACAUGAAACUGUUGCAAUGCCAGUCUUCUUAAAGACUUUUACCCCAUCACCUUAAUUCGUGUACCACAUUAU